AUUAAAAUUCAGCAAAAGAGAUGGUUCAAAUUCUCAGAAGAUUAUUGUUUGUUCUUAUUUUUCUUGUUUAUUCUGUUAAUUCAUAUCAAUCGUCUUCGAAAUCAAUGCAUAGUCACAAGAACAUCACACAUGAUCCUCAGAAGAUGAAACCUCAACUCUCAUUCCAAAUCACAUUGCAUGCACUGCUUCUCUGGUUUUCAGUUGGUUUUUUAAUGCCUCUUGGAAUACUCAUUGUAAGAAUAUCCCACAAAGUUCAGUGUUGCAGAAAACUAAAACUUCUGUUUUACUGCCAUGUAUUUCUGCAGAUAACUGCAGUUUUGAUUGCACUUGCUGGGGCAGCUUUAUCAGUCAAGUACUUCGAGAACUCUUUCGAUAACACGCAUCAAAAGAUCGGUCUCGGCCUCUAUGCAUUUAUACUGAUACAACCUCUGAUUGGUUUCUACAGACCAAAAAGAGGAGUGAAAUUGAGGAGUUUAUGGUACUUUGUUCAUUGGUUGAUUGGGACUGGAGUUUGCAUAAUGGGAAUUGUAAACAUCUACAUUGGAUUGCAUGCAUUCCAUGCAAAGACUUCAAAGAGUGUGAGGCUUUGGAUUGUGCUGUUUACUGCUGAGAUUUUCAUCUUUGUUUUUGUUUAUCUGAUGCAAGAUAGAUGGGAACACAUUAAGAAACAGGGAGUGAUCUUGGGAAAUGAGCAAAUUAGACCAACUGAUCAAUCAUCUCCUUCCAAUCAGAAAGAUGGAAAUGAGGGACUGGUUGCUGUUUGAUUUGUUAAUUGGAAAUUGUUUUGGUAUUAAUACAAGAAUUUGUUAUUUAGUAGUUGAAAAUUUUCAAGGAUUUAGUGUGAAAUUACUUGGAAUUUUGUGAUAUAUGUACAUAUUCUUUUGUUCUUGAGAUUGAGGAACUAAGUUUUAAUUUUCUUAAAAU